UGCGUAUUCAAAAAUGCCGGAGGUACUUCAUCCAAUUGUGGAGAAAACUUUGAGGUCUCAUUUCGACUUGAACGUGUUGAAGCAGUUGAAAGAGUACAAAUCAGGGCCUGUUAUGUUCGUUAAAAGGCUGCGUGAUGAAAUAAUAUGCGUCGAACCCGGGAAUCAAGCGACUAAUCGCGGGAUCGAUUUGGCUCUGGGAUUGUUGAAGCACAGAUACCCGAAAGUGUUCAGAGGUGAAGCAUUGAAAGCAGCCAAGAGUUUCGCAGAAGCAAACAGUUCCUCAGAAGCUAGCCGAAUUGCAUCGAGUUAUCAGUAUCGCGAAGGCGACGCGGAAUUGGACGCUUUGAUCGGAGAUCACGUCCAGCAGAAAGGAGCGGACUUUCCUUCUCUUAUAGACGCUACGGAUGAUGCUUCGCGUAUCAAACUCGCGCUUCAUCUGGUAAGCUUUUUACGAAUGUUGGGCUUAAAUAAUGAUAUGUAUCAG